AUGGCUGCAGCGACCGCCGCCGCCGCGGGGCUUAACAUGAAGCUCCUCGUCGACACCAAGGCGCAGCGCGUGCUGUUCGCGGAGGCGAGCAAGGAAGUCGUCGACUUCCUCUUCUCCCUCCUCGCCCUGCCCGUCGCCACGGCCGUCAAGCUGCUCGGGGAGGAGUCCAUGGUCGGCUGCGUCGGCAACCUCUACGCCAGCAUUGGCUUGCUCGACGACGCCUACGUCCUGUCCGGCGCUUCCAGGGAGUCCCUUCUCCGCCCCACCGUGCCCUCGCCGUCAGCCAGCACUGGCUGCUCCCUCUUCGGCUUGCCGGCGCCGGCAAGCCGCCCCGCCCUGUCCAAACAAAUUCUUUAGAUGUGGCCGUAUUUACGCAUACGACGACUACGAGUACGCCGGUCGCAGCAGGAGCUGCCGCAAUUACAUGACGGACGCUAGCGACACGGCAUGUCCGUCCUGUGGUCCCAGGAUGGACAAGGAGGUGCAGUUUCUCCCAUCUGCCGGGUUGCGGCAGCCGGUGGAACAGGAAGCGGCGCCCGGCGGAGGCGGCGAAGGGUUCGUGCAGGCCGUCGUGACGUACACGGUGAUG